GGCACCAGAGGAGGAGGAGGAAGGGAGCAGCAUAGGAGGAAGUAAAAGAAAGGGGCCAACUACAAGAUCUCAUUCUAGUUUGGAUGAGAUUAUUGAGGAAGAUUGGUUUCCUUCAUCUGAUGAGGAGAGCAACCCUGGUGACCUAAGUGAGGAGGACAAUGAUGGGGCUCAAAUACCAUGUGUGAAGCUUCCAGCUGAUAGGAAGAGCAGGGCUAAAAAGAGGAAGCCUAGAGUUUGGUAUGAUGAGCAAAGGGAGAACCCAGAAGAGCAAUUUAUGAAGAAGCUUUGUUUCCUAGAUGUGACCCAGUUCAGGAGGGCACUUCUUAAUUUUCACAUCUCACAAAAUAGGAACCAUGCCUUCCACAGGAACUGUCCAGACAGGAUUAUAGCUGUCUGCAAAUUUGAGAAUUGUCCAUUUUUCAUUGCAGCUUCUCAGAUAGCACAUGAGAAGACAUUCUGUAUAAAGAAACUGAACUUGCACCACAGCUGCCCAGUAGUAGGAGAGAGCACAAAAGUUACUGCUAAGUGGUUGGCACAUGAAUGUGAGCAACAGUUGAGGACAGACCCCAACACACCUGUCCAGACUAUAAUUUCAAACUUGAAGCAAAAGCAUGGAAUAGAGGUAUCUAUACAUAUGGCCUAUAGGGCAAGAAAGCUAGCUAAAAAUGUAGUCCUAGGAGAUCAGAAGGCACAAUAUCAUAGGAUAAGGGAUUACCUAGAAGCUGUGCUAGAAACCAAUCCAGGAAGUAGAUGCAUUGUCACAACAAAGCAUCUGAAACUACAUCCAAGCAAAAACCCAAGAUUCCAUGGCUUGUUCAUCUGCCUCAAUGCUUGCAAAGAGGGUUUCCUUAAUGGUUGCAGACCAUUCAUAGGUGUUGAUGGUUGCUUCAUAAAGUUGACAACAGGGCAGCAAAUCUUGGCUGCCACUGGAAGAGAUGGAAACAAUAACAUAUUUCCCAUUGCUUUUGCAAUAGUGGACAAGGAAAACACAGCAAGCUGGUCUUGGUUUCUUACUCAAUUAAAAUAUGCCAUUGGUGGUGAGUCAGGCAAGUUUGGCUACUACACUAUUAUAUCUGACAGGCAAAAGGGCCUUCUUACAGCCAUAAACAAUGUAUUCCCCAAUUGCAAACAAAGAUUCUGCCUUAGACAUAUUUAUCAGAACUUUCAAACUGCUGGUUUUAGAGGGGAAGAGUUGAAGAAAUACAUGUAUCAGGCAAGUUAUUCCUAUACUGAGCAUGGUUAUGUAACUGCAAUGGAAGGCAUGAAAAAGGAGUGUGAGCCAGCUUGGAAAUGGCUAUCUAGGAUACCAAAACAUACAUGGGCUAGGCAUGCCAUGGACAACAAUUGCAAAACUGACUUGGUAGUGAACAAUAUAAGUGAAGUUUUUAACAAGAUGAUACUUGAUGUCAGAGCCAAACCCAUUAGAACUAUGGUAGAUGGGAUCAGGACAAAGCUGUUAGUGAAGUUCAAUGCAAAUAGGACAAAGACUGAGACUGCUAAGUGGCAGAUAUGCCCAACAUAUGCUGAGAAGCUAGAGGAAGCAAAACAUCAUUCUAGGUUUUGUCAGUCUAUCAAAGCUGGACCUGAUCUCUUCCAGGUGACAAGUGGAGAAAGCACAUAUGCAGUUAACUUGUUGCUACAUACAUGUGGUUGUAGGAAGUGGGACAUGUGUGGAGUACCUUGCAAUCAUGGUGUUUCUGCAAUCAACAAGGCAAAACUACAGCCAGAAGAUUUUGUUCAUGAUUUCUUCAAGAAACCAAUGUAUAAGGCAGCUUAUAGUCCAAUAGUUUUCCCUGUGCCUGGGCCUGAUUUGUGGCCAAAGACUAGAACCCCUGACAUUGAACCACCAGUGUUCAAAGAAAAGCCAGGAAACAAAGAGACAAAGAGGAGAAAGAGCAAGUUUGAAAAGCCAGCUCCAAAGGAUACAUCUAGGAUGGGAACUAUCACUUGUAGCAAUUGCAAUAGGACUGGGCAUAGAUACACUAGUUGCAAGCAGGCUCUUAAACCAUCCCUAGCUAUGAGAAUGAACCAGCACCAGGAAAACAGGAGAGAUGAUACACCCAGAACUGUAUCUGCUCCUGCUCCCAUGCCACCAAGGAGAAGUGCUCCUUCUGCUCCUGCUGCUGCUCAAACUGCAGCUCCAGCUCCACCAGCUCCAAGGGCUCCAAGGGUAUCAAGGAGAGCUCCUUCUGCUCCUGCUUCAGCUCCCAGUGCACCAAGGAGAGCUCCUUCUGCUCCUGCUGCAGCUGCUGCUCCUCCUGCUACAAGGGCAACAAAGAAAGCUAAAACUACAAGGACUGCAACUUCUACUGCUGGUGCUGGUCCAAGUUCUACUGCUGGUGCUGGUCCAAGUUCCUCUACUGCUGCUGGGCCAAGAGGAAGAAACAAGUUCAUCCCCCCAAGAGUUGCAGGUAGUGGAAGAGUGAGGAAGCCAUCCUUUAAGAUGUCUGAGUGGUUCAACUGUUCUCAAGGGAGCAGGUGAAGUUGUGUUAAUUUGUGGUCAAAACUUGUGUUGCUUCUGGUUGUCAUGAGUACUUUCAUGUUCUAAACAUGUUCUAAACAUCUUUAUUCUGGUUGUCAUGAGUACUUUCAU